AUGGAGCACGAGAUAAGACCUACUUUUAAGCGCAGAACCGUUGACUCGUCGGCAGGCCGUUCUCGAUACGACGAAGAAGGGGCUCCUGACAUUGAUCUCGUCGUCCAUCGUCUAACGCCGCCGUUCUUAGACUCUGCAACCAUCAUGACUAAAAAGCUAGAAGUCAUCGAGACUGUUCGAGACAAAACAGGAGACUUGUAUAAGUAUAGCAAAUUGGGAUCCACAAUAGUCAAUGAGCGGCGAGCCAACAAAGAUAGGAAAAAAGGUGCCACAGAUGCUGCAAGCAUGAACAACUCUCGUCUGGGAAAGAUUCUGGGCGCAAAGGAAGACGCCACGGAAGACCCUGAGCCCAAAGAAGGUGGUAAAUUUCUGGACCAGCACACGUACGGCCGUCAAGCAAUAUUGCAACAGAGAAAAAGACUACCAGCAUAUCAGGCUCGUUCCGAGCUGAUGAAGGUGAUUUCCGAGAACCAGGUCAUUGUGGUGAUUGGAGAAACUGGGUCUGGAAAAACGACACAGAUCCCGCAGUUUCUGUACGACGAAGGCUACUGUAAGUACGGCGGACUCAUUGGCGUCACACAGCCUCGACGAGUGGCUGCACUUUCUGUGUCCAAAAGGGUGAGCGAGGAGAUGGGAGUGAAGUUAGGAAAAGAGGUUGGAUACUCGAUCCGGUUCGAGGACCGCACCUCUUCUCAUACACGCAUUAAAUUUAUGACCGACGGUAUCUUGCUUCGAGAAGCACUGGUGGACUCGGAGCUCGACAAAUACUCGUGCAUUGUGAUGGAUGAAGCUCAUGAACGGUCGUUAAACACAGAUAUACUGCUUGGUCUGUUUAAGCGAAUACUCACUCGCCGCAGAGAUCUCAAAUUAAUCAUCACCUCGGCCACCAUGAAUGCUUUCAAAUUUUCCAAAUUCUUCGGUAAUGCAGAGCAGUUCACCAUUCCAGGAAGAACGUAUCCUGUUGAGGUGAUGUUUUCGGCUAUUGCCGUGCAGGACUACGUUGCCAGUGCCGUGAAACAGAUAAUCAGAGUGCACCUCCGUAGCGAACCUGGUGAUAUCUUAUGUUUCAUGACUGGUCAGGAGGAUAUCGAGACCACCUGCGAGGAGCUCGAAAAACAGCUCAUGGAUCUUAUGAAAUCCGAUGAUACGCUCCAGCCGCUGGAGAUCUUGCCCAUAUACUCCACUCUUCCGGCCGAUCUGCAGGCAAAAAUCUUCAGAAAAUCAAAAUUCAGAAAAUGCGUGGUGGCCACCAACAUUGCCGAAACGUCCUUGACUGUUGACGGUAUACGGUUUGUUGUGGACACAGGGCUGAUGAAGCUGAAGGUUUAUAACCCGAAGUUAGGUAUGGACACGCUGCAAAUUACGCCAAUAUCACUUGCACAGGCGAACCAGAGGUCUGGAAGAGCUGGUAGAACAGGUCCGGGACUGUGCUACCGGCUCUACACUCAGUACGCAGCUGCAAACGAGAUGUUUGCUGAGCCAAUUCCCGAAAUACAGCGUACCAACUUGAGCAAUACCAUCCUGCUUCUCAAGUAUUUGCAGGUGGAAGAUUUGUCAAAAUUUCCCUUCCUGGACCGGCCUCCGAUUGAGACCAUAAACACCGCCCAGUACGAUCUUUGGUGUCUGGGCGCCUUGGACAACUUUGGGAGGCUGACUGCAUUGGGAAAAAAGAUGUCGAACUUCCCAAUCGAUCCGGCUCUCUCAAGACUCCUGAUUAUUUCAUCCUUCAAGCAAUUCCAAUGCUCUAAAGAAGUGAUUACCAUCGUGGCCAUGCUUUCGAUUCCACCUAUCUUUGUAAGACCUACGCAUGAUGCAGCGUUGCAGAGACGUUCAGACUCCAUCCGAGAGAAGUUUCAGGUUGCCGAAAGCGACCAUUUGACGUUGGUUAAUAUUUUUAACCUGUUCAAGUCGAAUGGUUGCAAAGAAAGCUGGUGUUCCAAAAACUUUCUACAGUACAAGUCGCUCCGACGCGCAAUCGAGAUUCAUUCGCAGUUGAGCCAGAUCAUGAAAUCGCAGAAACUGGCCAUUCUGAGCAAUCCCGACUGGGAUGUGAUCAGGAAGUGUUUGUGUGCUUCCUUUUUUCACCAAGCUGCUCAGUUUAAAAAGCAUGGUGAGUACGUCAAUUUGCGGACCGGACUGCAGAUGAAGCUGCACCCGACGGCUUCUCUUUACGGCAUGGGCGACUUGCCCAAAUAUGUCAUUUACCAUGAGCUCUUAUUAACCGGUCGCGAAUACAUGAACUACGUAACGGCAGUUGAUGGAGAGUGGUUGUGCGAGUUCGGCGAGAUAUUUUAUGCUGCUAAGGAGAAAGGCAUCACAUCCAGAGAGAAUCAGGCCCGCAGAGAACGUGACUUCGCAAGGCUCAUCGAGGAGCAACGCAAACUCAUUUCGUGA